GAUUCCUUGAUAUUCACAAACCACCAGUGGCGCCCUUUCUCCGCAGGAUCUCCAAAGUGUCUGCAGUCUGCCAUUUACAACAGCGAAACAGGUGUGCGUAAACAGAACGCUGUAUGCUAUUUACGCAACUAAACCCAGAAAGGAAGAGGCUGGUUUUUUUUAAACGUAUUUUGUCAGAGAAAUAUCCAAGGGGAUGGACCAACUUCUCGGGAAACGCUGCCUCCGUGUAGCUGCUAUCCGUGCCGGGGCUCGGGAGUUGUCCCGCUGAUGGCACACACACACAGGCUGCCGACGACAGCGUGUGAAACGGGGGGGACUCGUAAAAAAAAAAACAGAGGUACUGCUGCUCUAUGAAGACUGAAAUGAUCACAUCGAGCUCUGACGGAGGGAUAUGGAAAUGACCCACUCUCACUGGACUGCUACAACCGACGACGUGUUGCGAAUACGCCGAGAAACAAGCCGUUAGAAACAACCGGGGGUUUAAAAAAACGACCGUGUAAUUGAUUCCGCUCUUUGAUGGCAUGUAGGCUACGGUGUUCGCCUGACACCGGCAGAUAAGAGGGAAAGCUCCAGUUAUUCGAUGUCUUCAUUCAUCCUCAUGCGGUUGUAAUGUCGUCUGUGAGGUUUUUGUGAACCUUUCGGCGAUAGGUUUGUGAAUUCAUCCCCCCAAAACCCCUGAGCCGGUGCCGGGAAAGAGCGAGGCUGAGUCGGAAGGAUAUGGGAGAGCGAGCGGAACCGAUGCAGUGGGUCUUGGCAAGGCAUCGUCAAAAUUCAGGUGAGCAGCAUUAUCCAGGUUAUGGAUAUGUGACCGACUACCUGCUUUUACUAACACACGCAGGGACACUGAGACCCGGCUACACAGCUCGUGUUUUUGCUGCUUUUGAGACACAUUAGUUAGGCCACAUCCACAUUAGCUAGGCCCCUAGGAUGCCACCUUAAGCAGCUGUCCUGAUUAAAUGAGAUUACACUACCGCCGCUGCUGCUAAUCGACUUGUUGAAAUCACACAUUGAGAUGCUGUUGCACAAACAACCAGCUAGAGCUGCAGCUAACUGCUGGUUGAAUCACUGUAUGGACUACAUGUCAAUUCUGUUUAAAUCAAGUUUCUGCAAUGUCAGAAAUACUGAAAUGUUAGUCAUAAGUUGGAGGAACCCCAAAGUGAUUUCACUGUUGCAUUCCCACAAGUAGAAACAGUUUGUUUAUACCUCAGUUUGCAUCUUUGGUUAUUGUCUUCUUUGGUGUCUUGAGGAUUAAAAUGACUUAAGUAACAAGGUUUAAAGUGUAACCUUUACAUUAUCCCGGCUCCGAGCUGCAAUUGAGCUGUGAAUUACAAUCUUUCUCCCACUAAAGAGGGACCUGACACAGCCACAGUAAGGGGAAUGUCACACCUAUUUAUCAUUCACACUGAGAAUAUCUCACUGAUAAUUUGGGACCUCCUUUCUCACGACUUCCACUUAGACCGCUGUUUUUUUUCCACUCUAUAGCUAUAAUGUUAUCUGUGAUCCAAUGGCAAAUGCCUUCCCAGGGACAUUUUUCAUUUCAUACAUAACAGAGAAUAGUUGGAAUAAUUUAUAUCCAUGUCAUCUCAGCCAGGAAAAAGCUGCCUAUGACAGGGCCCGAGGUGUCAGCUGGAAGAGGUGGAGCUGUACACAGAGUGUGUACUUGAUGUGCUUUGAAAAUAUGGCAACUCAUGCUUUACACGCAAACAAAACCAGAGGUGAAACCAGAGAGACAGAUUGAAGAGAGAGGGGCAAAUCGUAGUCAUUUUACAUGAAGUAGCACAUACUAAAGUAUGUCCCUAUCAGUCUGCUGUUCCAUGUUUGAGGACCAGGGGCACUCAGUGACUCGUGCACACAGAUAAGAGCGGAAUAUUUCAUGUUUUAGUAUUUACAUCUUUCUUGUUCAAUAGGUACACCUACCUUUCAAGUAAAGACAUGCAUUCAUAUCAGAUAUCUAACCAAAUACGCUUAAAAACAGUCAUCCAAGUUGAGCCUUGCAAGGCUGUGUUACAGUGUUUACACUUGGUUUUCUAGUGUCCUUGUAGGCAGCAGCCUUUGUAAAAAUCAAGCGCCUCCAGGGAGUCCUGGCAGAUUGUUGUCUCUUUGUUUUCCAGAGCAUUGUUUUUAACCUCUUCAUGUGUUCAAAAGCAGCUCCUCUGCUUUAUUGACAAAUUACUUUAUAUCAUUUGAUCUCACCUGUAACCAUCCAACAUCAGCGCAUUAUUAGUGGAGUCACACUGGAUAAGGAUGAUGCAGCAUCAUGUUAUGCAUUUGCAUUUUGCAGUACUUGGAUGUAGUGGCCCUGCAGGUAACCGCUGUAACUAAUGUGGUCAUUUGUGAUUUUCCCAUGUGCCUCUUGUAGGAUUUUAAAAUAAAUCAUGGCAUACAGCUCUCAUUUCUUAAAAACAUACUAUUUUAUGGAAAAAAUAUAGGAAAAGGGUAAUCCAGCAACAUCUAUGAACUCAUUUGUUAAGCAUUGAAAUGCAUGGUCAUUGCUGAUUACAUUAUAAUAGAAAACUUCACUUCAUAUUGUACAAAAUAACAGUUGAUUUAAUUUAUUGGGGUCCAUGUGGAUAUAAAUCUUGAAAAGAGGAAACUAGCCAACAUGGAUUCAUCAGCAGGAUAUUGAAUAUUGAUAAACUUUGAUUUGCGUUUCACCCUCUUCUUCACCAUCACUCUAAGUGCAUCAUAGGACAAGUGCUCAGACUCAGUCAUAUAAGGAGUAUAAUAAAGAGCAUUAUGACACGAGGAGGCAGGAUUCGUGGUUUGGCAGAUGCUCUGCAGGCUACGUGUAAUAUGUGGGUCCCUUCUGGACAGACUCGUAUGUAUGGCAGAAUCUCAUUUGCUGCAGAUUUGAAAUAAUGUGAUCCUCCAGAGAAGCAACUAAUGGACAGCUGCUUGACGCAAGUGUGAGAAAAAAUGCUGAUUUUGAAGCGCCGCAAAUAUUAUUCUCCAGCACGCUGUCGAAACCUAAAGCUGCCAGCAGCAGCAUGUUGCAUGGACAAAACCGAUGCAGAUAUUUCCAGUAUUAGAAGAGAAACAUGCCAAACAGACCUGUACGUGGAUUGUGGCAACACGCCAUAGACAUAUUGGCAAGGCACAUAUGUUACCACUCCAACACACACGAAAAACAUCCAUGUAUACACAAACACACACAUGAAAUCUUCGGUGCACAUACUAUCACAUCAAGUGAAAGAAGAGAAAAUGGAGUGGGAAGAGGUGAAAGGGAUUGAGUGGGUGGCAGUGGGAGAAAAAGAUGGAGAAAGAGGCAGAGGGAGAGUAGGAGUGAGUGGCACAUGGCUUUCAGUCUAAAAAAAGAUGAGCAACACGAAACCAAAACCAGAAUCUGGAUUAGCUAGAUAAGGAAGAGGAGGGGUGGGGGACAGGGGAAGGCAGGAGGAGAAAAAUGUAGGUUUCCUCUGCACCGAAAAUGGUGCAGAUCCACACACUCGGUUUCAUGCUCAUAAAUGUCCUCUAAAAUAUGAAUACUGAAUGAGUGUGUGGGUAGAAGGAGAAGAAGGGGAGAGCAUGAGGAUGGGAAGACAGAAGAUGAGAAAAGCAGAGUGGUGAGAUGGAGAUUGAGAUGGAGAUGGGAGGAGAGGGUGAGAUUCUUUAGGACAGACAGAAUACUGUAGAAGUGUGUCAGAAUAGGGAGAGAGGACCAUUAGAGACAACAGGAGCAGAGCCAGAGGGAUGUGACAAAUGCUGGAGAGAAUCAUGAUCCGAGUCGACUGUAACACUGACCCAGGCUGAAAAAGAGAGAGACUCGAACAGAUGGAUGUAUGACAGAGAGACGGAGAGAUUUGGGAUUGUGCUGCAGUUGCGCCAUCAUGCCACCCUGGCACAACCUUCCUAUUUCCUGCAGACACUCUCAGCUCAUUACCAUUGAUUCUGACACACAAACAAGGUACCUGCAGGACAGGGAAGUGCAUUCCUGUAAGUUUUUGUUAUCUCACCAACUAAUUGUUUAAAAACCGAAGAGUGCAUGUCACCCCAGCAUCAUGUCUGAAGGAAUGAUGGCUGAAAUUGUAUGUAUGAGUGUCCAUGUUUACAUAUGAUCUGUCCACUUUCUUAUCAGCUUGUGUCAACUGAAAAUGGGAUUAUUCCACUGUGCAGCAGAGUAAGUCUGUGGAGUGUUAGAUGUGAGUAGAAACUCAAGUGGAAGCCCGAGUGUGCUCACCUGUGUUAAGUUGAACACACCUUUGUUUACUUACAGUUGUAACUGGCCUCUUCUGCUCCCUGAGUGAAAGCUGCCAUUUUACAUGUUGACAUUUACUCACAGCGGAUGAAUAAUGUCUCAAGAGAACCAGGGAAAGUGCAGAAUCACAGCCCUACUGAGCAGUGCCCCAAUUAAGUGCAAUGUGGUUGUAAUGCCACAGAUGGAAACAACUGAGAAAUGUAGCCUACCAAUGUUUUCACACUUUUAUGCUGGAUUAUUAUUGUAAUUCGAAGAGGUGACGCCACUCAUGCAUGGUUCGAGAGCAGAAAAAUGCAGUCAGCAGACCGUGCUCAGUGCACAAGUGCAGAGUAACCCAUAUUUUGGACAGUCUUGCUCAGCAAACGCACAACUACAGAAGUUGCAGAACAGCAUUCAGCAGUUCCAGCCACUUAAAGCACAAGGGGAACAAAUGUUCACCUUUUGUUUAAUGUGCUGCAAUUAAAGUGCUGCAAAACACACACCAAAUUGCUGCACAAGCACAGCUUUCCUGUUUCUUCGACAACUGGGCAUCCUGUUCUCUCGGAGUCAGACUUUACCUGCCAAAAGAAGCACCUGCUGUUUGUCGUUGGCUGUACCUCGAUUAAUAAAUUUGUUUAAACAAGGACAUUUGACUGUCAGAACUCAUUUCGCUGGAAGCCUUUUGGCUCGAUAUUAAAUAACAGUCAACUUGAGAUCAUUGAACAGUACCUGUGUUUUUAAAUCCUUAUCUGUACUCAGAACUUCUGCACUUUGCAAGCGUGCACCUUUUGAAUUGUUGUUUGUCGUUUAAAUUCAUUGAUGCCCUGUCCGAAUAUAAGGCAAGCGCUAAAUUGAUUUUCGUAGAUGUAGCCAUCUUGUUUCAGGCCUCCGUUUUUGCUUUUUUUCCACUUGGUAACUGAAACGCUGAUAACUCAGGUGUGACGUCAUUUUCCGCUCCGACAUCUGACUUCCGAGGUAACUCGAACGCAGCAGUAUCUCAUGGCCAGGUCACUUUUGGUCACUCUAGAUCUCAAUGGGUUAUUUUCAGGUUGAAUGAAGGUUAAAUAAAAAAAAACACCAAGUUGUUGGUAGUGAUGCUUUCCUUCAAAACUCAUCAUCAGAUAGUGCCCCUCUGUUGGCCUGGAAAGUGCCUGUUAGUGGAAAGGGUUUCACUGGUGACUCAUUCUUGGCUGUCGAGACUUUUCAACCCAACCUCGCAGACUUUUCCAAAUCUUUGUAUGGUAUGUUUUAGUUUCACAAUAAUGUGGUUUUAAGGCUUUCAGUGCAGUAGCAUCAAAACAAUCUCUUUUUUUAUGCCAGUUGUGGAGAGAGCUCUGUGAUUUUUGAUGUUUUUAAGAGGAUAUGAACAUUUAUAUUUAACUGUCUCUCACAGAAUAAACUUGACAGGAAAAAACUGGGUAAAUGUGAAAGUGUUGGUUAGGCAAAGGAAAUCAUCUCAUGGGGGUUUGGUUAAAGUGGUAAUAGGGGUUUUGAGGGGAAGUAUUAAGCUAGAAAAGGAAGCACUUGGCUUGAUGCUGCAGCAGAUUCACUGAGUAAGAUGGAAGAGUGGGACUCUUCAACACCUGCUGCUAGUCAUACCAGAGCAACCUGCUGUCGAGAAAACAGAUGGGACUGUGGUUUGCAGUUUAUGCUGACUUCAGAUUGGGCAUGUAUAUCUUCCUCAGAGUGAUGUAUGGAGUGAUGCAGAGAGCUCUGAGUAAGUGGCUGAGCAGUAUGAACAGAUGGGGUUCGAUUUUUGUUGGUAGUGGUGGCAAGUGGUUUGUAAGAGCCGGCAGAAGAGCUGGACAUAUAAAAGCCUGUAUGUGUGUGUAAAAAUAAGAUUAUUGUUCAUUUUGCUCUGGUUAUGCAGGGCUUUGUGCCUGUGCCCUGUUUGUUUCAAGUCCUUCUCAAAGACAAAGCCAUAAUGACGGACGGGGAGCCCUGUCAUUGUUGUUACAUCAUUGUUGUUGAACCACGUGGGACUGGGCUCGAGCCUGGCACACAGUAACUCGCUUUACCGAGCACAAAAGCUUUGCUCACAUGCAGGAAUAUGUCAGUCUUUUCCACAAAACACAUGUCAUUUAGACUCAGACGGAGUCACUACAUCAGGACGAGAGUCAAGAGUUUGCAUGAGUCAUGAGUCAUGCUGAACGCAGGAAGCACAGUUAGAGCAGAGCAGGGACAGCAGCUCAGCCUGGAGUGCGUUGUAUGUGCAUUAGAGAUGCUCUCAAAUUGCUUCCUAGAAAUUCAGUUCUUUGUGGACCUGAGGUUGAAGCAGGGUGUGUGCCAGCUUUAGGUGCAGAAACUAAACUGAAGAAAAGUGGAAAAAUUCAAACCUGUUAAAUGACUCUGUUACUAGCACUGGUUUCCUCUUCCUCUUGUUAAGUUUUUUAUCAUAACUAAAAAAAAUCUUAAAACACAGUACUUGAAAUAUACAAAAAUAAAAGUGUAGACACAAACUAACACGUGUUCAACUGUUCCUGCUGCAUACAGUGCAGAGAUUUAGCUUGUUGACUGCAUGAAUAUGCUGUCAAAAUCUGAAGUGUAAACACAUGCAACAACUUCUUAGGGAUUAGCUACUUACCUUGAAAAGAUCAUAAGAACUAGUAGUGGAGGGAGAAAAAAUCAAUACAACAUCGUAUCAUGAUAUUUUGUCUAGAGAUAUGUCGUAUCGUCUCAUUGACCAACUAUCGGUUUUUCAAAUUAAUUGCCAAUAUAAAGUCAAAUCUAUGAUAAUGGAAAAGGUGAUUCCAACCCUUAAUAAGAACAUAAAGUGUGUUGAUGUGCUGCCUGUCAAUAUGAAGGCUCUGACCUUCAGCUGCUUAAAGAGUUUUGAUUUUACACUGGUGAGAGAACACAUUUCCAUUCACAGCAUUUAUUAAAACAAUAAUCCAGUUUGUGUCAGAGCGGGAGUGGUAUUUGUUUACAUGCAGAAAAAGAGGAGCUUUAAUUAAACUACUGGAGAAAGCUCCUGCUCUCACACUGAAAAACACCUGUGAGUUCGCAUUUAGACUCCAUAGACGGGCUAUAAAAAGCUGAUUGAGGUCGUGUGGUACCCAGAUUUAUCUUCAAAAUAGGCAAAAGCAUUGUCUUUUAUUUAUUCAUUUUUUAACAAUGCAUCAUCUUGAAUUUUUACUGAAAUCUAAUAUGCUGAUAUUUUUAAACUAUUCCUGCCAAAUACUGAUGUUAAUACCAAUAUGUCAACAAACCUUUAUUUUUCAUUGCGAAGAACAGGAAGUAUUUCCUGUACUGGAGUUUAAAUGUUACUCAUAUUGUGAUUGAGGAAAAAGACAAACUUUAAUUUAUUCUUGUUCUAGACAUUCAGUAAUGUAUCUACUGUCUGUUUAUGACACCUCAAAAGGCACUACAUUCAGUCAUGUAUGGACUAUUCUAAAUAUACAUGUUGGCACACGUACGCUGUCACUCUCACUCACAUAUUUUAGGAAAACCCUUAUAAUUAUAUCUGCUGAUAGUUUAUCAAAGAAAACACUGGUACUUUGCUGAUAACACAGUGCAUACCUGUUGGUUGGUUUUCUUGCCAGAGCCAUGGUUCACAUAGAGCUAUGUGGCUUAUAAUUGAAACGAUAAAAGUCUGCUGUAUAUUCUAAAUGAACUGACAUUUACUUUGGAUUAAGUCACAGACAUGAUUCUGUUACAAUUUCACACCUCCCCCUCUUUUCUUCAGCCUCUCGUCAUGUUAAUCGGAUUUGCACUGGCGCCAUCACAAAAAAAAGUGAAGGUUUAGCUCGAGCUUUGAAUGCUGUGUCUAAGGUAUUUAAUAGCUGCUGUACGUCUGUUAUAAAGUACGCAUCUCUGCUGUGUUUGGUUUAUGCAGUGAUCACGUAGUUGUCAUAAUCUGUAUGAGUCCAAUUGUGGCUUUUUCUUUGUGAUAUUCUGAGCUGUGAUUUGCAACAUCUUAUUCAUCUUUCCAAAAAAUCAACAGUAUGAUAUUUCUUUUGUGUAUUGGGUUUCUAUUUUGCAAUAUUUUUGUGUAUUAAAUGUUAAAUUUGUAAAAGUUCUAUCAUAUAUAUACAGUAAAGGGCUGUAAUUGUCAGAGGAACUUGCCAGUUCUCCUAUUUUAUUGAAACACAGCAUGUUUUAUACUCUACCUAUCUGGUUUUUGGAGGUGGUUUUUGGUUCUUCUUACUGUAAACAUGAUGUUUAUAUUCAAUGAAAACCACAGAUGUGAUGCUGUGACUCCCCUAGUGCACAGUCUCUUUGAGGAUGUGAAAUCUUUGAGCCUCCGCUGUAAUCAGGAUCAGAUUGAUCGAAAGAUAAAAUCCUGUGUGCAAAUAAUAAGUCAAUUUUUCACCUCUCUUGUAUCAGACAGACUCAUGCCCUGUGAAGUACAUCAUGACUAAGAUCAGUCAGCAUUUCCACAGUGCAAAAAGCAGACUAAGUGCGUGUUCUAAUGUCUGCAGUAGCAGCUAAACAGCAGCUCUAAUAGGGUAACCUCCCCCUGGUGAUGGAUGUGAGAGUCCUUGACGAAGCAGAUGCUAUUAGUGUGGAUGUCGGCUGGAGACAUGUACUGAUAGCCAGGCCAUGUUCCAUGAAAUGAGGCCAAGAGAGCUGCUCUCCACAAUGGUCAGUGCUGAUUGCUUCUUUACAGAUCUGUCAGAGAGUAAGAGGCGGUUAUCCAUGUUUGUCACUGUGCUGUUUGAUAGAUGACCUAUACUAACAUUAUUUGGUUGGUUCACUCUCUAUUAUAAGGUACAAAUAAAGCGAAUUAUGGCGAGAAGCUUGAAAAAGGACGAUGUAAUGCUGAGGAUCAAUCAAAGCUGUAUUUAAGUGUUAUCUUUUCAGCUGGAUUAGAUGGUACACAAAUGGUUAAGAGGAGCUUCCUGUUCUGUUCUUAGCACAUUGAUCUCCCCAAAACCUCAGGAGUGAUCAAUCAGAAAUAUUGAUUGACCCCAGAUUCUGUGGUUACUGUUGUUGCCCGACUGAGGCUUGAAUGGUGCAACCUAAAUACAGAUCAAAUCAGAAAAAAGAUAAUAUAUACAUUAGGGAUGGGCGAUACGGGCUUAAAAAAUUAUCACGAUAAGAUUUGCCAUUCUGGUGAUAACGAUAAAAAUCCUGUUAAAAAUAUGAUAAUUCCAAUCCAUAUUUUUGACUCAGUUUGUCUUGCGAAUACAGUUGGAAUAGUCAAAUAAGAUACUUGACCACAAGUUUGAGUGGUAGGUGAAAAACAAGUCUCAAAUGUGAAAACAUUUUCAACAUUUUAUUGCACAGAGUGAACAGCAGCAGCAGAACCACUGUCUGCUGUCAGGCAUACCUGAUUGCACUCAUCUAAACCCCAGUCUUGAAGGAAAUCCCUCAUGUGGAGCCUCGUUCAGUGAUGAGCUGCUCAGAAACGUCUUCUUCAUCACCUGCGACCAUGUUUGUUUGUUAUACUGCUCUAUGUGGGCUAUGGCUGCGAGUCCGUCGCUCGCCCUUACUUCACCAACUUGCAUUCAUCGUAUUUAUCAUGAGAUGGCGAAUAUUUAUCAUAUAAGGAUUUUUCUGAUGAUAUACUGUGAACGAUAGUUUAUCACCCAUCCCUAAUAUACAUAUACAAAUCUAUCAAUAUGUAGUUAUGUGGUUGUGCGUGUAAAUCCUACUUUGGGAAAUUUAUACAUAUCAGCUGAGUUUAUCUCUGUGCAGGAGAGUGUCAUGAUUAGAGGUUUUGAGUAAAUUACAAGCAACAUUUCAGUGUGGCAAAAACAUCAUAAGUAAAUUGUAAAUCAUCAGUGCCAGCUUCUACAGUCUUUAUCUGCUGAGAGCCCAAACAGAACAAGCAGAAAAAGCAGAAGACAGAUGGAUUCAUGGUGAUACUGACGAGACUGGAGCUUCUUAAUUAGAUUUCUCUUUUUUUUUAGGUUACUCGGGAAAUCUUUGCUGGGCAGAUCUACAUCUUGUAUCAUAACAAGGCCAUGCUGUUUCUGCCAUUUCACUUAUGUCAUGAUGUUUUUCCACUGCUGAGGUCCCUGUGGGGAGUUUUUGUAACAACAAGCCUGCCGGGUCGUACUGAUAAGGGUCCCUGGCGGCCUAGUGUGCAUUUAUGAGAUCUGAUUGAUCUCUUUGGCCUGAUUGUUUGUCUUAAUGAGAUUUUAGGGGGGGUUCAGAUGUUCAUUUCUUCUCUUUAUCUCGCUUUUUUUCCCUCCUCUUUCUACUGUCCUCUUCAAUUCUACUCUGAUUGAGAAACUUUUACAAGUAGCAGUGAGAAAUAAUUAGUUCUUCAAAGCUUGUCCUUGUUUUUCUGCCACACACACAGAUGAAUACUAAGAUCUUAGUUUUGUAGUGCUGAGUUGUGCCAUGUCCAAAGUGGAUUUCUUUAGUCCUGAGUCUUUUUUUAAGCUUUGGAUGAUAUGAAUAAUCACAGCAGGUCUCCAUGCUGUAUCUUGGGUUAUCCAGCCAUUCGCUAUGGAGGCCGAAGAGUAAACAGGUUCGUCUUCCAACCCAACUUGUCUGAUUUCACCGCGUGGUCCGUCCUACUUGGUUGAAGGUCUGCCAAUCAGAGGAACCACCUGCUGUGAAGCUUUGAUUGGAAGGAAAGCUUCGUACUGUCACUCCACUGCUCAAAGUUUAACCUCUCUGCUUUUGAAACAGUUGGCUAAUCGUGAUCACCUGCCAACACAGCUCAGGCUAAGUUGCUGUGAAAACAAUUUUUUGUGUCACUUAAAUAUUGAAGAAAUUAGCCUUUUCUGGGCACAAAUUGUCCUUGAAUACUUGUGUGCCCACUCCGUGAAAUCACAGUUUCUCAGUGUACUAGUUGACUGGUACUGUGAAGUAUACAGAGAAAUCAAAAAGUUACACAUUAAUCUUGAGCUUUGUUUGAAAGAGGCUCAUUUGUAAAGCACAGGGGUCCUCCUGGCAACAGUACAUGUCUUGGGUGAGUUGGGUCAGAUCACUAGUGGACAGUUCAAAGUAGCAUACUUCAGUUUACACUAGGUACUUAAAGGGAUAUCCCGGCGUCAAACACACCGUAACACCGAGUUAGACACCCCGUUGAGAGAUGAAUGUUGCCGACCGCUUGCUCCUCUAGUUAUACCAACUUUUGUAACGACCGCACGAUAGCAAUACACAGCGGAUCAUUUCCAUGAAGAAAUAAUUAUCAUAAUAAACAUUUUGCACUGCAGAUGCGGUCGUUCUUCUGCCUUAGCGCGUCAGUCUGAUUGCAUUUCCGUGAAGUAAUAAUCAUAAAUGUUCUUCCUUGAGCUGCGAAACUCCACUGGUGAUUGACUCGUCAGGGCUCGCCCACAAACAAGCAGCUGCUGGAGGAGAGUGGGUGAAUUGUGUUGGUCUCUUUGCUAAAGAAAUCAGGCAAAGCUAAAAAGACGUUUGGUGGCUUGUACUAUGGCUAGCACCCUAUAUGUACUGUUGAUGAAGUUAGGUGCUGUUCUGAGCAUUAUUUGUGGCUACGAGUGGCUUUUUGGUUGUGUGUAUUAGUAUCCUGCGGUCGUUACUAAAGUUGGUAUGACUAGAGGAGCAAGCAGUCGGCAACAUCUUGAGGCUAGCUCGGUGUUAUAGUGUGUUUGACCAUGACUUAAACUUAUGCCGGAAUAUCCCUUUAAAUCGGGUCCGUGCAAAACAACAGAACAUGCAUCUUGCAGUAUUGUAAAAAAAAAGUAUUGUCAAAAAACUCAAACUUUAGAUAGUGAAUGUGAGCCGUAUCUCAGUUUCUCUAUUUGCUGUUCUUUGUGUCUUACACUGAACCUGUAUUUGCAACAUGUCCCAAGCAGUUUUUGUUCACCACUAGAUCAACACAUAUCGUUUAAAGCUAGAUGAUGGCCAGCAUAACCUUUUCUGACUGCAUCAAAAUGGUGUGAAAGCAUGAUCACUCUGGCUUUGAACCAAAAUCCAAGCGUACAUAGCGAGGAAGAAUUGCUUGUUGUUAACAUCGACAACAUCUGUUUGUCAUUUGGAAAGAAUUAGACUUAAAUUGCAGAGUGUGUUUAUCGGGGCACAAUAACACAGGAUAUGUGCUGGUGGAGAAGUGAUAUGGUACAAGUUUUCAAACAUACUGCCUUAAAGAAGGCUGUUUUGUGUGACACGUGGCACUGGGUGCAGCAGUCACACCUGAAAUUUGAGUUGCCAACUUUUGACCAGUUAAUUUGUGUAAACACAGCCAUCCUUUUGUCUGUGGGGCCUUAAGUGUUUUGACUUCCCUUUCACUGAGUCAUGUUAUGUCAAAGGAACUAAAGGAAUGUCUUCAGAGCAAAGUUUGUUUUUUUCUUUAAAAGAGCACAAACGUAUUAUUAACAGGGGUUGGUGAUGAGUUAUUUUCAACCACCAUUGGAGAGUUGGACAUUUGAAAUAGUUUUAUCCCAGAACUUGUGGACCUUGCUGCUUCUUAAUGCAUUCAGGCUUCACAGUCGGUGAAUGAUGGGCGUCAGCUCAAUUAAGAUCACUGACAAAGCAAAAACGAGUUCCACCAGUCGUUUCUUCCUUUUAAUAGAACCGAGAAGUUAAUUAUGAGUCUGUCCUGUCAACCUAUUGUAUUUGAUUCACCUUUAGCUUAGCUCUGUGCCUCUUAUCGAGCCACCAUACCCACUAGGCUCAUAAUUCAUGUGAGUGCAGAAAGUCCAUUGGUCAUUUCCAGCUCAAGAAUAGUGGAGCGAGGUAACACGAGAGAUAAAGAAGAGUAUUGCAGAUCUGCUCUGACAACAAGGUCUCCAGUGUUUAUAUAUGUGUAUAAUAGGAAAGAGAGGAGUAUGUAAAAAGGGAAAAAAAAAGAAAUGAAAAGAAAGAAAAGCUAACUCACCUCCAGAUCUGCACAGAGGAAAUGCCUGUGUUUUUCUGUAACACUCUACACAUCCCUACCGAGAGCUAUGUAGGUGGUAAUGCAAAUGCCUCAAUGAAUGUUUUUCUUCUUUGCCUGAUUUCUUUUACUGGAUGUAAUUAGGUUCAUUCUCGUUGAAAUGUAAACCAGAAGCAGUUUAUUCUCUGCACAGGAGCUGCUUGUGUUUAUUUUCAUUUCUGAAGUGGAGCAUGGUUGGAUUAUGACUUAUUGUCAUCCUCUGAUUAAAGGGAUUCAUCAGCCUUUUCCAAGUCAUCACAGUCUAUAAAACUUGCAUAUCCAAUACAUGCAUAAGGCGGUUAUAAAGCAUUAAACAUCAUCUCUUGACUAGCCUACAAGGUUAUGAUCAGUGGUGCAAAUGUCUUUUUAUUCGAUCAAACACACCCUCGUCUCACAUACUUCUUGAUUGUUCACAGUGAUAAGGGCUCACUGCACAGGACUGUAAUCUGCAGACAGAUAUGUUUUUUUUUCCCACAUUAGCUGAGUUGUAUUUUUAUUGGCAGCUCGCACCAUCACACGUUCUAAAGCUUGCGCUAUCUUUCCUAAAAGUGUCACUGGCCAUGCUUAGACUGGGAAUGGAAUGGCAUGCAUGUCCUCUUGGCACCACCCAACACAGUCAAGGGAAAAAAAGACCCACUAUAAAUUCCAGUCCACUUUAUUUCAUUGGAUUGCUGCAAGCAUUGCUACAGGAAUAAAACAUAUAUCAUAAAACAAACUUGCUCUCCAUAGAGCCAAGACUGUUGUAUGAAAUAUGUCUGUGCAACCACAAGUAAUUGUGUCAUUACUUGCCUGUCUUGGACAAGCUGUAUAGUGUUGCACAUCUCUUUCUUUUUUAAUGCAUUUAUGAGGAAGCUCACUUGCACAACUCCAUUUUCCUCAUUACAGUAUCAGCAAAUAUUCUUUGUAGUAACAUUCAAACAGAAUCGCAGAUUACUGCAUCUUUGCUCCAGUAUUCAACUAUUUACAUUUACUUUUAUCUGAGAAUGAUGUAACCAUCCCUUGUGCUGUUUUGUGGAGGCAGGAUGCAAAUUGAGUUUUUAGCUAAUGUGAUGGCUGUGAUAUUUAAGGGUGAAACAAGGAGGGUGUUGCCAGGUUCUCAAAAACUAAAAAAAAAAAAGUGGAAAAAAAUGUUCUGAAACAAACUAAAAAAGCAGAGGAGUGCUGGAGAGUGACCAAGAAGAACUCUUGAAAUGAAGUCGUGCUGCUAUCUUGUUGCUAAGCUCAUUUUUACUUCAAAGCUUGGUAUUUUUUGUGCAUUUAUAGUCAGUCAUUUUGGCAUGAUGGAUGUCAUGGUUUUUCUGUCUUUUAAGUUUUGAGUAAAUUUGCAGGAGUGGCACCAGCUCAGGAUAAAGGCUGCAUCAGCCUGUAUGGACAUUGUAAGGCCUGCAUCAGCCUCUCUGUGGCUCCUCUCUCUAUGAUUUCUUUCCUACCAGACCUUUUACAAUUCACUCCAGCCCAGAGGCAACUUAAGUCAACACACAAUGCUUCUCUGCAGUGAAUGAUCGGGGCCACAUAAAGGAGGGUUUUUCACAUAUACGCGUUACCAGCAUGGUGCCAUCAUAUAUCAAAGCUAGACCUCUCUCUUUUCUUCAUUAAGUGGUGCAUUUUCUCUGCACCCAUUCACCAGCUUACGCUCAUCUUAACCACUUUCCAUUAUGUUUUGCUCUCCUCCUCUGUGAAAAUCUAUUUCUGUUACAAUCCCUGCAGCCCUCCCUCAGUUUAUAUAUAGAGAGUUCCCGAAACAGGAAGUAAAUCUCUUGCCCUAUUCAUCCUGAGGAUGCCUGGUUUUGUGAGAGAGGAGACCUGUUGGGACAUCCAGGCCGUUAAAUGUUCUGUGUUUGUUCAUCGUCAGUUCUAGAACUGUAAUCCAACAAAGACAUUCUUGGUCGACUAAAACACUGAAAUGUUCGACCAAAAAAAAUCAACUAAUGGGGGGGUAGGGGGCACCCUUCUGUGGCGGGGGACGGCACGGCCCAACGGGGUAAAAAUAUACUGAUAUCAGCAGAAGAAGGCAACUUAACACAAAUACUAUAUUUGGCAAACCACUGGACGCAAUAUUUUUUUGUAGGAUGGUAGGAGGGAAGUCCUGUCUCCUUCGCCUCUGAUUGAAUUUUGGUCAACUUAGCAUGUAUCGACCAAUAAGUCAUCCAGUCGACUUGGACUUCACAGCCCCAGACUUAGUUAAUCCUUCUUUCCCUUUUUUCAAGGCUUGUCAUCAUGUGAUUCAGUAUAACAUCAGUAAUGAAUGACUGGCAUUACUUUGAACCUGAUAAAAGCUGUUUGUUGAUGGAUUAAAGUAAUGAAAGACACAGUGUCGUUCCCAAAGUUGACCCUCCUUUUCCUCCCAACAGGGCAGUGAUGCCUGGUAUGGUGAUGUUUCGGCGGCGCUGGUCAGUUGGCAGUGAUGACCUGGUGCUGCCCGCCCUCUUCCUCUUUCUAUUGCACUGCAUAUGGUGAGCAAGUUUCCUUUCACUGUGAUAAAUUGUUUUCAUGUUCACUUGAAUAUUCUACCACAUUUGUAUCUCUGUGCAUAGUCAGUUUUCAUUAUUAAAACCAUAUCCUCACACUCAGGUUGGUGGUCCUGUCUGUGGUUCUCUUCGGCCUCCCGUACGGUUCAGACCAGUCCUGUUCUAUAACACUGGUGGACCAUGGCCGAGGGUACCUGGGCAUCCUGGUCAGCUGCCUUAUCUGUGAGAGCGCCAUCAUGUGGCUGAGCAUGAGAGGCAGCAUUCUGUACACACAGCCCAGGGAAGCUGUGCAGUAUGUCCUCUACAUACGACUAGGUAAGACCCAGAACUGAGCUCUGAUCAAACCAGGGUCGCCUCCAGGCGCUCAAUAGAAAUUUAGAAAUGCAGGUUGAGAUUCAAACUCUGUUAAUGAGAUGAAUAGUGAUCAUUGUUCUCCUCUCCACUUCUCUCUGUUUAGCCAUUCUGUUGGUGGAGCUGGUGUACGCAGUGGUAGGAAUCGCCUGGCUCGUCCAGUAUUAUCAGCCCUGCUCUGAUGUCACUGCCAAAAACCUGGCUCUGGGUGAGUCAAAGCAAAUAGGCAGGAAAAUAAGUCUGGACUCCUAAUUGAAAAGAGGUUAUUUAUACUUGAAUGUGACUCAUGUUUCUUUAUCCUCCUGCAGGAAUCGUUGCAUGCAACUGGCUCGUAAUAUUCAGCGUCUGUAUUACGCUCAUGUGCACCUUUGACCCGACUGGUCGAACUUUCGUCAAACUGAAAGCCACCCGUCGGCGUCAGCGCAACCUCACGACAUACACACUCAGGUAUUGACGGGCCUUUUCACCCCACGUAUCGCGCCGACUCAUGUACACCUGACCUGUUUUCAUCAUGAAUUCAAUCUUGACGAUUUUUCUGUUGCCUUCCUCCAAUCAUUAGACACAGACUAGAGGAAGGCCAAGCCAGCAGCUGGAGCAGGAGGCUGAAGUUCUUCAUGUGCUGUACGAGAGCCCAGGAUACACAAUCAGUGAGUCACAGCAGCGCACACUUGGUCAUUUCCGCUCUGUGUUUAAAGUACAACUGAGAGGAAUGUAACUGGAAGUAUUUGAGUCGUUAUACCCAGAUACCCUGAAGUUUCUCAGUGACUUACUCACCAUAUCAAAGCUUCUGUGUAGAGUCUUAAACUGAUUAUAAACAGACCGAUGAAGCAGUGAUGCCUCUUCCAUGGGCAACAAGACUGACAGUAUUCUUAGACUGUAAGACUUAAUGCCUGUAGCCAAUAUAAAAGAGGCAGUGUCAAACCAGACAAUAGUCAGCACAAUUUACGAUUUCCUCUGCAAAUAUCCAAAGGUAGUGGUGCAGCUUACUGUUUAAAGAGAGCAGAAUGAGACUUUUCACUCGUGGUACACUUCUUACAUGGUGUAUGUACAAGACAAGGUCAGCGUAGGAGGAAUCCCUUUGUCCACAGAGGGGCAUCAAAUUUGAGAUGAACAGAAAGUUCUUCACCUGAGCUUUAAGCAAAUAGAAGAGUGAAAUGAUCAAAUUCAGACAUAAUCUGUUUAAACCAGUUGUCCAAAAAAGAAGUGGUUUAGGCUCAUUAACCAUUGUUUGGACUAUUAGCAAGACCCUUUGCUGCAUGUCUUCCACACAUAUGUCUUCUUUCCAUCCAAUAAAAAGUAAAAAUGCCUCCCAAAAAAACAAAACAAAACAAAAAUACAGCAGCCGUCAGAGUGUUUCCAGUUUAUUUUCACUAGACUUGUAAGCAGAACUAGACUCAUGACCAAAAAAUUCCAGAGUUUGCUGCCAGCUGCAGUAAUUCCCCUCAAAACAUGAGUGAAAGUAAACUUGAGCAAGACAUUAGAGCAAUUAGUUGGUCCAAUUUCACUGAGCACGACUUCCCCACAGUUCUUAAAAAUGUGAAGUUAUUCAUGUAGUUGUAUCAGACUGCCCUUCGUUUUACAGUUCGAGAUAAAUGAUGUGAUUCUGAGUUGUUUGUACAAAAUCAACAACUUAAGUUUUUGGCAGAAAAAACUGCAAAUGAAUGUAAGAGGUCAAGUUUCAUUCCUCUUAGUUAAAGUCCAGAUAUCAUGAAAUCAAGAUCUUAAAUUUGCUCAGAUUUAUAAAUCACUUAGAUCGAGACAAACAGGAUAGAAGUUGCACAUGAUGAUGUCACCUAUUUUAAUGCAAACUUUGUGCAUUUCCUCUUUUUUGUACUCUGUCAAAAUGAUCUGAUAUCUGCUGCUUUCAUGUCCAGGAUGCAUAUUCAGAAGUGGCCAGCCUUUUUGCAGAGUUCUUCAGAGACCUGGACAUAGUGCCUAGUGAUAUCAUUGCUGGCCUGGUACUCCUCCGCCAGAGACAAAGGUCUAAGAGAUCUUCUAUCCUAGACCAGGUAAUACCUUCUGUAAAAGUUUUUGUACUUCUAUGAGGAUGUAGACCUGUGUCUUUAUUCUAAUCACUUCCCUUUGACUUUUUUUUUUCUCCUCACAGGCCAACAAUGACAUUAUAGCCUUCUUAUCAGGAAUGCCUGUCACUCGUAAUACCAGAUACCUGGACCUUAAGAACUCGGUGAGUCACCAACUUGUGACUGUACAAGACUUGCAGACAAAUUCACUUUGGCACUUAAGUGAACAAAUAAGUACUGGAUCACAAAAACAACAUAUUAAGUUAUCAAACAUGAACCAACUACUACAGACUACUGGUUCCUGACCUUUGUCCCCUCUGAGGCCGUCCUUCUUGAACCAUGAAACAGAUGUAUUUCUUCCAAAAAUACAUCUGUUUCAACGAGGUUGCCAAAAGAACUGAUGAAGCAGAGUAUUGUUUACACAGUUUUACUCACGGGUUACACUAUCUAAACUAUUUGGCACACCUAUCCUAAUGAUAUGAGUUAAUAUUUGCUCAUUUACAACCCAAGGACAGACAGUGCCUCCGCCCUCGAAGGCCUCUGCCCCCAAACACCAGGUUGAGAAGCACUGACUGAAAACAGUUUGGAUUAGGACUUUGUUUUGUGCCAUGUGAAUGUAUGGCUUUAUGUAUGUAUUUGGCAAUAGACAAAGAAACACCUGCAAUUCCAGCGUCUCGGGAUAUCUGAAUGUGUUCCAAUUAUGAUUCCUUAGUUGUUCUGACCUUUGUGUUUUUGUCCUCCUGUGUGUGCCUCUCUCCCCCUCCUAGACUGAGAUGGGCAUGUACAAGGAUGUGUGCUAUUACAUGCUCUUUGCCCUGGCUGCAUACGGUUGGCCCAUGUACCUAAUGAGAAAGCCUGCCUGCGGGCUUUGCCGCCUCGUCAGCUCCUGCCCGUAAGCCCACAAACACAAACACACACCCGCACAGUUCUGAUCUGUUUGGCUUCUGUGUCUCUUGAGCCUCUCUAUUGCAGCUCAUGUUUCACAUGCGUCAACACUUGCCAAGUGGUGAUCCACUGAGACAAUACCGCUCUCGUUACACUCACUCACCCACAAAACAAUGUUGAAUUAAUCACUCCUGUAUCCAUAUUCCUCUCCUGGGAUGCUAGGUAGUUUCUCUCUAAUCUUACCUGUUUGCUCUGUUUUCUUCCUGUUUUUUUCCCACCUACAUUCUCUUAAAAUCACCCGUUAAUCUAUUUUUUUUCUCCAUGUGUCUGCCUUUUUCUUUUUUCAUCUACUUUUUCUAACCCAGAUGUACGUCAGUGUCUGGCUCUCGGUUGUCUCAGUCUGUGACAGUGGAGGAGGACAAUUGUUGCGGCUGUAAUGUUCUGGCCAUACGCAGACACUUCCUGGACAGGGACCUCAAGCAGGUUCACAUUGUCUACACAUCCUGCCACGAUGCUGUGAGUAAUAAGACAACCGGCUAAUGAGCAGUCAGAGGUGUUUGAGCUCGACUUCCUGCAUAAAACAAACAAUCGGUGUGAAGAAGAGGAACCGUAUCAGAAAUGUUUUUCUUCCAGCCAUCCUUAUGUCUCGAUGCGAGUCUGUUAUUUGCAAAAAAAAAACACUAAUUAAGAAAAAAUAUAGAAUACUCUUUGCAUAGAGCCAUAAAACCCCUUUUUGAAAUGUUAUGCAGGCACACUGGACAGCAAAGAUUGUUUAAUACAGAGUUUUGGUGCAAUGCUGCCAAUCCACUGGCUAGGAACCAGGGUGGUUAUCUAGUGGUUUAUAAUUUUGGCAAUUAUUAGUAUCAGCUUUGAUAACAACUUGCUAGAGCCAGUUGACUCUGUCCACAUCCUCCAGUAGUUUAACUCCACCAAAACCAUUUUUGAUUUUGCGGGUGCUUUAAAGUAAAGUAAAAGGAGUGUCUGUUUACCUACAUACAUAAAAUAGUGUUGUGUUUUAGGUAUUUAUACUAGAUGUAGAAGUUAAAUAUAACUCUAUUAUUGUCAAUAAGCACUGUUAUUCCCUCUUAAUCCUUCAUACAGAGUUUUUCAUACAGAGAGUAUUUGAGCCUCAUAACGUUGAUGAUUUGUAAAACAGAGAACUCCUGGGUGAUGUGAACACUGAGUUUCCAUCAUAAAUUUCUUUUAUAAAUGACUUGUAAGGUUUUGGGUUGUGCCAAGUGGAAAAUGGUUUGACGACCAAGACCAAGGAAGUGCUGCUGAACUGUGGUGUGCAAGCAUCCGUCACCUCCUCACUUUCUUCCUCUCUCUGUUCCUCUUCCUUGGGCGCUGCACUUUCUGUUCGCUUUGCAUCUUCCUCACAGGUUUACGAGACUCCGUUUUUUGUGGCAGUGGAUCAUGCCAAAAAGAAGGUUGUCAUCAGUAUCAGAGGAACCCUUUCGCCAAAGGUGAAUUGCAGCUUUUUUUUUGUCUUGUAUUGCAGUAACAGUGUCCUCUAUUAGCACUUUAUUUUUGUUAUUUACCAAAGAGGCUUGUAGCAGGUGUCAUUCUCUUACAUGGAUUCAUCAAGUCCCACGCCCAUCACGUGUAGAGCAGAAACAGGACUGCCAACUUUUACAAACAACUCUCCAAAUCCGUUUUUUCACACAAAGAUUUAAACUUUUGUGAAAGUUCUCCAAGUGUUUUUAGCUUAGAGAUUAUCAGGGUGUUAGAAGGGUAAAAAAAAAAACAAUCCAUUUGAUCUCUGAAGCUUUACUCCAGGCAGCCAAAACUGCAGUUUUUCAUGAGAAUGUACCUGCUGUACAUGCAGAUUGGGACAUUUAUAAAGAUAAAUAGUUGUUAGAACGACUGUUUUCUCUGAGCACAGUCUUUAUGACUCUAAAUACAGCCCUUAAGAUUAGGGGUUUCCCAAUACAACUUUUUUACUUUCGAUAUGAUUCCGAUAUUGUAGCCUUCAGUAUUGGCCGAUACCCAUAUCGAUCUGAUAUUGGCACAAACUUGCCCAUGACAAGUUUUGCACUCAGCUGCAACAUCUUUUUCAGAAUUAGAGGAAAAAUACUUCCACAUGGCCGACAACACUCUGACUCUUUGCUACUCUGCUAGUACCUUAGUACACACUGUUGUUGUGUUAUGUGAGAUCUACGUACUAGAUCUGGGUGCUGUUAGAUAGAAGUGCUGGAGUGGAAUCUGGAAUGGUCUGCUUGUAUCAGAGUGUUGGUAUCGGAGAUUUAAGAUCCAGGUCGAUAUAAUCAGAUUUUCAUUUUUUUGCUGAUAUCAGACCGAUAUCCGAUAUCAAUAUCGUGGGACAUCCCGACUUCAGAUACAGUUUACAAGAUACAGUUCAAUAAAUUAAUGUAUGUUAUCAUAAAUCUGUAAAAGUGGAAAAAAGUGAUCAAAUAUCAAAUUGGGAUUAUUAAUUUUUGUUAAUUACUUUGCCUUAGCCUUCCUGUUGCUAGUACAAAAAUACGACAUUUCCACCUUGUCUGCAAACUACUUUUUCUUUUGUUUUCUUCACUCACUUAAUUCUAUGCCAUCUUUUUAAUUUCUAAAAAAACUUGUCCUGUGUUUCUUCUUGUAUCAGGAUGCCUUGACUGAUCUGACGGGGGAUUCUGAGCGUCUGCCCGUAGAAGAGCAGCACGGGACCUGGCUCGGUCACAAGGUCCAAGAUUACAGCUUUUUAAUGACUUGAGUUUAAUACACACGGUACAAUCCGCUGUUCAGCCUUCAGCUCGGUUUCAACGAGUCACAUUAUCCUAGACCUCAAAGGUCACUACUGCGAAUGUGAAGUAAUUGCUCUGGUUAUUUUAAUGGGAGAUUAAUAGCACAGACUUCCUGUCUAGAUUUCCUUCUGUCUCAUCUUCCUCGCCUCGGCUGACUUCUCUUUUCUCCACUCGUAGGGAAUGGUUUACUCAGCAGAAUACAUUAAGAAGAAACUGGAGCAGGAAAUGAUCUUGUCACAAGCUUUCGGAAGAGAUUUGGUACUGGUUUACUUCACUACCAAGAAUGCUCAACUCAAAAACUGACUUUUUCUGUGAUAAGAAGUAUGAAUUUGUAUCAACACAGCUGUUGUAGCUUUUCAAGGCUAAACUAGUCGUGCAUCCGCAGCACAGCCCUCUGACUUGAUUUAAUACAGAGAUUGCUACCAGUGGCAGUAAAAGCACUUUGUAAAAUUCACUGUGGUUACCAAAGUGUUUGUGUUGUUAGCGUAAUGACUUUGGCUGUCUCUCACAGAGCAAAGGCACCAUGCAUUACGGGCUGGUGAUAGUUGGGCACUCCCUCGGUGCAGGCACUGCUGCUAUCCUCUCCUUCCUGCUAAGGCCUCAGUACCCCAACCUUCACUGCUACUCUUACUCUCCACCUGGUGGCCUUCUCAGGUGAGUCACUCAUCUAUAUAAAACUAAAGCGAGCAUCAGUCAAUCUGUGAGAGCACUUUCUGCAGGAAGUUCAAUGUUUUCACUCGGGAGAGCAGGAGAGUGUCAAAAAUAGUUCCUACAGUGUUUGCUUUUGAGAUUAAACAUGACAAUGUGAGCAAUGUGGUGCAGGGAUUACUGCCAUUUUAUUUGACAGUAUAAAGAGGAAGACAGGAUAGAAGGAGGGGGGAGAAGCAGGACAUGACCUUUAACAAAGAACCCCAGGUAGUGCUUUGUAUUUAUUCAUUCAGCGUCAUGUGGUUAAGCUUAAGCAUUGUUUCCUAUUUUAUUAGGCCCUAUUGGAAACCAAAAAUCAUGGAUGAGAGAUGUGUUUGCAUUCACAUAAUUUAACAGUGACCUACCACGCACUAUACAGAUCUGUUAAGAAAAGACCAAACAGGCUCACCCAUUCCUUCACUCUGAAACUAGAGUAUACUUAAAUUCUGGCGCACAUUUGAUUUGCUUCCUGUAUGAACAAGAUAGUGUAGUUGUGGUCGUGUGUUUCAGGGUUCAUUAGCUGUUUGACUGUCUACACUCGAGUGCAGCUGGCUGCAGUGACAGCUGUUUUGCUAUGCAAAUCAUACAGAGGAAGAGAGAGAUUACUAAUCGCUGCAGAGCACAUUCUGUGUUUGACUGCAGUCAGGGAAGGGCAGUUUUGACAUAAGAUACAAGAUGGAUGAGAAAUUUCAGAAAAGGCACAUAGACGGAUAUUACCAAACAGCGCGGCUGAGGUCACAGUAUGGUUACUAUAUAAAAAGGAUGACAUGUUAUAUGCCAUGGCUAUCAAGCCCACCACUUUGAAUUAGGGGUGGAAGAACAAAUCGGUACAGCACAGUAUCACGAUAUUUUGUCCGGUAAUAUAUCGUACCGUCUCAUUUACCAAGUAUCCAUUUUUCGAGCAGGAAAGAGUUAGUACAACAAAUAUAUAUAUAUGAGGUUUGCAAGAAGUGCUACAUGAAAAUGAACUACUGUAAAUUAGGCAAACAUAAAGGAAAGACAAAUGUUAAAUUAGCUAAGCAGUUUUAUAUGAAAUCACAGAAUAUAGUAUAGCAAUACUCACUAUAUUGCAAAAUGUUAAAAACUGAAAUAAUAUUGUAUUGUGAUAAAUAUAGUAUCGUGGGGCCACUGGUGAUUCCCACCCCUACUUUGAAUGAAGGUAUGAAACAGCUCUGUGAUUUAACGUCGUCAUCACCAAAUGCUCGAUGAGGGGAUCCAUUAAAAAAAAAAACUGUUUUCAUGCCAUCAGUGGAGUUUCAGUUGAUAUUUGCAAACAUCUAACACCUCCUGAAGCUAACCUUCAGCAUGUCUCUAUGUGACAGUUGGUGCCCUAUCAAAGGAAAAUCCCACAUUAACACCUCUUCAUGUGGGGCUUCCUGUAAUUGGCAUUAAAGCUUGGUAAGCAGAUAUAUGCUAAAGCUUAAUCCUCUCGUUGAAAGCUUCAGUGUUUAUCCCAAAGGUGUUGUUUGACCUGUUCAGUAAUUGGUUCACGUGUGGAUCAGUCGUGGAACUGAAGGUUUUACAUACCCUCUUAAGGAAAUAAGGAAGGAGGGGCCACCUUUUCAAAAAGGAUAGGGUUGUUUCUCAGUGGACUCUGUUCUUAUUUGCAUCACUCUCUCUUGCUUAUUUCUAUCAAUGUCCAGGUUUGUACCCUCUCUUGUUGAAACAGGCAGUGAGAAAAUAUCUCCUAAAUAUUUGAUGUAGAUUAAUGUAGCGUCUGUUGUAUAUUAGUGUUGUUCCAGAUGGCCUCUGGUUAUUUUUGAGGACUUUGGAUUAAAGCAAGUGUUUGAAUUAUGAGAUGGAAAUGUGUGCAGAGGACUUUUUACCCUCUCAGUUCAAACCUUCUCUCUGUUUACACCGUGUUACUGUUUUUAUCUUUUAUUUACCCAGUGAGGAUGCCAUGGAGUACUCCAAAGAGUUCGUCUCAUCUGUGGUAUUAGGAAAAGACCUGGUACCAAGGUAGCUUCUUUUUUCUUUUAACUCCAUCUAUUAUACUCUGUUUAAGUCAUUUCUCUGCAGUAUUACAAUAAACAAAUCUGCUGCUGGUCUCACUUAGGCUCGGCCUGUCACAACUGGAGGGUUUCCGACGCCACCUUCUGGAAGUCUUACAGAAAAGUAACAAGCCAAAGGUGACUUCAUCUCUUGAUGCUGUUGAAAAUAGCCAGAAACAUACUUGUAGUUCCUAAAAGUCUAUGUGGGGCAUAUGCUAUCAACAAAGGGAGAGAUUUAGGACACACGGAGUGUGCUAUCAGACGGCCAUGCCAAGAACACCGUGUACACUCUCAUAAUUUAGUAGGAUGCUUUAUGGACUGUAGGCUGAAAAAGCAUGUCCCUUCUUCUGUUAAAAUAACAAUAGAUGAUGGAGUGUUAAACAGAUUGGUAUCUAACUCCAUCACAUAACCCUAGCAGCACUGCACAUCUGCUGUAUUUUGCACGCUCUACAGCAGCCGACUAGAGUGAACUGCAGGCUUCAACAGCCUCCAGCAACACUGCAGUAACAGUAUCUCUGCUGUAAUUAAAGCAUCAUUCAGUUAACCCCUGGCUCCUACAGGAAAACAUACAACCUACAGAAGAUAGAAUUAUAUUCAAAUGUUAUGUUACGUAAUGCUUUCCCUCCCCUCCCCUGCAACAGUGGAGGAUCAUUGCAGGAGGCACCAAAUGCAUCCCCAAAUCAGAGCUUCCAGUAGAGGAUGAGGAUCCUCAGUCUCAGCAAGCAGCACCACCCAGUAGUCGCCUCUGGCUCCACCCCAGUGACCUCAGCAUUGCCCUUUCAGCCUCCACACCCCUCUACCCCCCUGGCAGGAUCAUCCAUGUGGUGCACAACCAUCCUCCAGAGACAUGGUGAGAGUGCUGAUUGACAAUCUGUCUCCAGAUUAUGUUGUGUGCUGUGUUUCUUUUACUCGUGAUUUCCUUUUGAAGAUAAGUCUUUGAGCAACCAUACAUCUUGACCAAACAACUCCAGCUCACAAAUGGUUUCGUGGUUGCAUAACUGAUGCGUGGACACAGUUGCUUCAAAGAAAAUCCAGCAUUGUUUCACACCUGUGGCAUUAAUAGCUGGCAGCGAGGAAAGGUGUACACUUCAUACUUGUGACGGUGUGGGUUUGCAGUGUGGCCCGCGGCACUCCUCUGUUCUUGUAUCUGCACCUAUGUCUGUCUGUAUAAUGCACAUUAAAGGGGGUGUUUACACUCAGCAGGUGUAAUAUUAUGACCCUCUGCUAAUUGACGUGGUUAUCAUUGAUUAUCUUUUUGCACUAGCACCUGUCAGUGGGUGGAAUUUGAGUAAGGUAGUGAAGUGGACAUUUUGUCCUGGAAGUUGAUGCGUCAGAAUCAGGAAAGUGGAAAUAUGUGAGUGAUGUUGAUAAAGCCCAAAUUAUACUAAAUACCUGGGAUACAUUUUUACGGAGCCUGGGACGUGACAUUGACUAAUUUUUUUUUUAAUUCACAUUUGCAGUUUAGUAUCUCAAAGGUGUGUUUUAUACGUAUCACAAACAUGCGUUUUAAUUGUAUCUUGUGUUUUUGUUAAUAAUCCUCUGCGCGCCUUAUUUGUGAGAGAAGAAGGACAGUGUCAUGGACAGAGAGCAUAUUAUCAACAUUUUCUUUCAUUUAGGCAUGACUCACAAAGAGACACUUUAUAGCUUAGCCACAUUUGGUAUUGUUUUGAGUAGGGGACACCUCUUCAAGAUCCUUAAAGCACAGCGACUUUGCCAUUGGCGAUACUCAGGCUUGCAGGAAGUGAUUUUGUUUAUUAACGAACAGUUAAACCCCACCUGUGCGAAAUACUAAAUCGCAUGUGCAAAUUAAAAAAAAAAAAGUUAAUGUCACCUCCCGGGCUCCGUACAUUUCACAUAUUAUAUCCCACUGAGCUAUAGAUGGCUUUUAGACAUCUAGAUUAUUUUUUUUAGACCUAAUUUCAACCGUCUAGAUUCUGUAUAUUUUUAGACAGAAUUUAGACAUUGCACUUUAACCCAUUAUUCGAUAACUAUUUAUUUCAAAAAGCAACUGUGAGUUGCAUAACUGAUCUCCAAGUACUUAACCAAAAUAAUUAUGAUAGCCAUUGAGCAAUAUACAGUGUAGUAUAGAUUCAGUCCAGAUUUAGAUUUAGUUUAAACUUGGUCUAAAUUUAGACAUCUAAGAAACUUUCAUUUUUAGACCUGUGGUAGCCUGAUUUUAGACCAGUCAUCUAGGCUACAUUUAGACAUCUAUUAGACCUCUUUUGGACCAAAGAAAUGCUCAGUGGGAAUAUUUGGCUGAUUGGUGUAACUCUAUCAGAAAUGCAAAUUGUCAGUCUAUCAGACGCUUUAAUAUGAAAGUCAAAAUGUUAAACAAAAAAAAAGUGUUUAUUUUUAGUUUUACAUGCCAAAAUGAGAGAAUAAGAGAGUCUUGUGAUCAAUGCUUAUCUUUAGAAACACCACCUAAGGAUAAGCUGUUGUGGAAUGUGGAUUAGAUCACCUUUACUGCAUUGCUCAUGUGUUAUUUUUUCUUCUCUUUUCUCUUUCUUUUGCAGCUGUGGCCAGGAGGACCCCACUUAUUCUGCUCUAUGGGGGGACAACAAGGCCUUCAAUGAGGUCAUCAUAUCACCGGCCAUGCUAAACGAGCACAUGCCCCACAUGGUGAUGGAGGGCCUAAACAAGGUCUGUUCAAUUUGUGUGCUUGCAGAUGGAUGUGGUAAUUGGGGUUGCAGCGGUUAAUUGGCUCUAAAUUCUGGUUCUGGUUUUUCGACACUGAAACGGUGGAUGAUGGUUAUGUAUUGAUUGCAUUGAACCAUAAGAAACGUAUGCAUUUUCAAAUACUAAUAACAAGUGCGCAUAAAGGGGGAUACCACUUUAAAAGGAAUACAUCACUGAUUACAGCACAUGAGUCAAUCAACAUUUUUAUCUGAAGAGAAUUGAAGUCUUCUCUAGAAAUGAUGUUUUGUAUUUCCAGUGACCCUUUUUUAGUGGUAUGCCCCUUCAGCAUUAUAUUAUAAUUCAUUAUGCGGAGAUUUGGAAGAUUGUGGCUUUUUACUGAAUAUUCAGAGUACUUUCAAUUUAUGCAUGCAUGUCAUCGUUCAUGACAAUCUACCUCACCUUUUAUUUUCUUCACAUUACUCCAGUUUCAAGCAUGGGAACUGUUCACUCCUGGUUGGUUUCAUGGUGUUCUUUGGUGUUUAUGAAUGUAUGAUUUACAAGCACUGGACAUGUCUUCUGCAUGUGAUGGCUCCUCAUUAGGGACUGCACUGUCUCGUGAGUUCAAGUUUCUCUUCCUCUCUGUGUUUGGGUUUUCACUCGAUUAUUUUUGUGAAUUUUAAGUGGAUGGAGGGUUUAAAGAUAAGUACGAGUGUGAAGAGAACGAAUGAGUGCGUGUUUUUGUCUGUCGUGCUUUUUUCUGUAGUGUGAUUCCUCUAAUGUUUCUGCAGGUGCUGGAACCAUUUUGUCCCAUGUCUGAGCAGGAAAACAUGGAACCAGAGGAACUGGAAGGCAGUCAUCCUCCCUGCAGUAUCUCUGUGAUAACUUCACAAACUGAACUAAACUCUAACUUCCUACCCUCCGAUCUCUCCUCCCCCGCCCACAAAGACCCACCUUCUCCCGCCUCCCUCGCUCAGACAAAGCCUGCACAUGCCCCUCUGACUGUGGUUGCUUCCUCUUUUCUUUCAGAUCCUGAGCCUGUUCUUCCUCCUCCUCCUCCUUCUCCUUCUCUGUUAAACUUUUCUUCUGCCCUUGAGCCGUGCUCAGUGUUUGUCCCUUCACUUUCUAACAAUCCUUCAGACCCUCAGGCAGCACUUUCAGCCACAGAUGAUUCAUGCAUUCCUCCGCUAACCCUGUCAGACCCACCCAACUCCUGCACUUUUGCAGAUGUGAUUGCUGCUCCUUUUCCUGAAAUCCCAACUGAUGAGUGUCAUUCUGCUCAGACAGACAGUGCUCCUGAAAAGAUAGAAACAUCUCAUGGCUCUUCACAAAAAGAUGAAGUUUGUGUUUUACAAGUGCCAAGUAGUUUGUCUGACUCAGUUGCGUAGUUUUUCACUCAGUAUUACAGAUUUUGCCUUGAAGAGCCGCUGAUCUGUCAGAUCUCAAUAGUCGUGGUUGUAAAAGGAUGGAAAACCAUUUUUCAACCUGUCAUUAUCUCUGUUGAUACUGUGACCUAACUUCCACACUCGGAUAAUGUGGUGUUUUUCCCUAUGAAGUUCAGUUUUGUCUGAUGUAAAUCUCAGGAUUCUGCAUCAGACUUCAUGAAAGAGUGGAAACAACUCUAACAAGUCUUAGAGAGUCCACCUUUUCCUCCAAUAAAGGACCAUAAAUGAGGUACAGGGUUUAAGGCAGCUCAACUGGUAAAGCAGCUGAGGAGCAGUGAAAAACCCCUUUCUUUUUAGCAGUAUUUCUCUUUCCACUUGCACAUGAACCAGUGGCAAGAUGCAGCAAGUCUAGACAAGUCAAGUGUACGCUUUCAAAAGAGGAAAAAAAACAAAUGGAAAGUUUGAAGAAUUUGAGGUGUUCAGUAGACAAGUGAAGGCAACAGAUGUUUGUGAAAUAGAGCUUAAAUAUGUAGUCUUAAUCAUCUUUAAGUCGACUCCUAGAUGAUAUUAGCAGUCAACAGUGUAAAUAAUUGUGCAGUAAUAUCAUAUCUCUUUAAAACCAAAGUGUAAAAAUAGCCUUUCACAGCUCUGCAUGAUGAGUCCAAACCCACCUGCUUUCUGUCUUUUUUAGUUAUGUUUACCAUGCAGCUUCCCUCACAUCAACCCUUCAUUCUUCAUCAUCCCUAUUGCAGCUUACGGUACAUUUGGUCAAGUGCUGUGGCAUGAACUUGCUAACCCCGUUCCUCGAGCUAACAAGUUUUCUUUGUGUUCCCAAAGUUUCCAUGGUAACUUAAUUUCUGCCACAUUAACUGCUCUUUCUUCCUCCUUGGCUCGGGUUUUUCAGUCGCUGCAGCUCUUCAGUCUGGAUAUCAUCUCUCUCUUUUUUUUUUUCUUCCUUUUUUGAGAGCACAUAUUCAGCUCUUCUUCAAUCAUAGUCCCUUCAAGGAACUGUCAGUUACUCAUCAGGAGCAGAUGGAGCAGCAAGGGGGGGGGGACCAAAUAUGUAAAUAUGGAGUACUCUGCUGAAAGAUUGCUGCUCACACAGUCCAAAAGAUGUUUUAUUUCCUCUUAUUACUGACAGUGGGCCUGAGCUAUUUUUAUGUUUGCCACUGUCCACAUCACAAUGCUAUGUUAUGAUGUACUUUUAUAAAUUAUAUAUGAUUUGAAUCUAUGGCUGUAGGGAUUUCAGAACAUUGUUAAAUAAUUCAGAACUUGAUCUCUACGUAUCAGUUUUGCUCUUGGUACAACGGCUGCAGUCUUGUGCUUGGUUUUUAUGUUGUUGUGGUCAUUUGUUUGUUGCUGUGCCUCCAAAUGAAAAAAAAGAAAAAUGAGUUUGAUCAUGCCAGUGCCAAUUUUUGCUGUAGAUUAAUUUUUAAAUGACAGUAAUUUUGAUCUCAUGUAUCACAGGCCACACUCACUCAUGUAACACCUUCAUUUUUCCAUUUAUGUGCCAUGGCCACCCCUAUAACCAAAGCAUACUAAACAUGUUUAAUCUCAUAUUUAACUCCAGAUUCUCAGUCAUUGUUUACACUAAUAUCUAUUGAUUUUAUGUUUCAUUACCCGUGAUUUUCGUACAUGUUUUUGUCUUUCAUGUUGUCUUAAAACCUUACUGUGUUUUAACUCCAUUAAAGUUGACCAAAUCUGUGUAACUGUGUGUCGAUGUGAUUUGCUGUAAGUGAUUUCUUGAGCUCACAUGUUUAAUAAUUAACACAACCGAGUUAACAUGUAGUGGGAGAGGGUUGUCUUGAAUGUUUAAAAGUUUGCGUACUCUCAUGAUUUACCAACCCUUCACCAUCACACUGCAGGUCUGCUGUAGCUCUCACUCGGGCAUCAUGACUCCAUAGUGGGUGUUUAAUGUCAGAUAGAGUGGGUGCAAGCUCACCUCUAAAUUGCUCUUACAUUUAUCUGAACCACACUUGGCUUUUAAACUCUAUAAUAAUAGAUGUAUUCGUACGUGUGGGUUGAAUAUAAAUGUGGUGGUUUUCUUGGAUAAUGUCAUUAUACACUCGCCAAAGGUGAUCCAGCUACCUGAUGAUCUUGUAUUUAGAGAUUUAGAGUGUCAAUGGAGGAUAAAUUAAGUGUGGUUUCAAUCCUUAUGACAUGAAAUGAAAAGGGGCAAGAUUAUGCAGAUGUUUACAGCUGUUUUGAGGAUGGAGAAAAAUAUACCCAAACUAAGUUAGUCAUUGGGGUUAAUUUGUUUAAUCUAGUAAUAAAACAAACCUUUUAUUAUAGUGCUUGAUAUUUAAACUCUAAAACAACAUCAUUUGUCUUCACCACUUUUGUAUGCAUCUUAUCUUGUUAUGAAUUAUCCCGUUCAUGUUUUUACUCGACUUCAAGACCCAUCAUCCCUGCUCCUCUGCUCUCUGUGACUCUCAAGUCAUGUGUCUGUGUAUACCUCUGUGCUUCUAACAGGUGCUGGAGAACUACAACAAAGGGAAAACUGCUUUGCUGUCAGCAGCCAAGAUCAUGGUGAGCCCCACAGAAGUGGACUUGAACCCGGAGACCAUUUUCAUGGACGCAUCCGCAAAUUCCCAGCAACCGACACCUACAACCCACCACCGCAGGAACAGUAGUGUUCGGUUAGUACAGCGAGCACCGUUUGUGGGUGUUUUAGAUCAUAAAAGAAUAUACUCAGCAGCUAGUUGAUCCUCUCUGUAGUCGGUUUAUCCUCUGACUAAACUGUAGCGCUAAUCAUCAUGGGGACAUGUCUCAUCUUAAUUCAACUUGAAUCUAGCCAGCACUAAACAUUACUACUGCUACUAACUGCUACUUUAUUGUUUUCUCAAAAUCGUCGUUUCUGUCUGUUCCAUUUGGUUUUAAAAAACAAGACAAAAACCAUUGUUACGGUAAGCAAAGCAUGCUAAUACUAAUUUUGCAUAAUGUGCUCCCUUCUCUCAAUGCACGCAUGCACGCUGUCUGACCACAGACCACUUCCAACGUAUGGUAGUAUUCAGUUCCCACCUCGCCCCCUCUGGUUUAGCCCCUGUCCAAAGUCAGUGUGAACUUCCUGCUAGUGAUGGAAAGGCUAAAACAGAAGUGUAUUUUCACUAGGAUGUAGUCCUGAACUCCUAGUUUCUCCUUUUUUUCUUCUUUGUACUGUUUUUCUGGUCUUAACCUUCAAUGUUUAGACUCUAGAGUUGCUUUCAGUACUAACACCUUCCUGUAUUUCCCUGUUUUGACCCUUUGUAAGUCGUUAUGACCCUUUUUCAUGUCUUGUCCUGUGUUUUGAUCCCCUCUCCUUUCCUUUCCCUUUCACUACUCUCCAACCCGUUCUUCUACUCUCCUCUAGUUCAUGUGCCCAGUCUGAAAUAUCUCUGGAUGGUUUCUCUGAGUGCCCUCCUCCCCCAGUGCCUGUUGUGCUGCGUGGAGCUCGAGAGCGCCUAGCAGUGGAGCUUAGGGACCGCAAAGCACCACUGGCAGUGAUGGAGAGUCUUUCAGAUGCUGAAUCCCUCUAUAGCCUGGAUUCCCGUCGCUCCUCAGCUGCGCUAAGGGGCUCACCAAUGCUGAGUAGCCUCCCGUUCCCUUUGGAUGCCCCGAUCCCCGAGGAGAACCCUUCGCUCAGCUCUCGCACUGAACUCUUAGCUGCUGACUGCCUCUGCCAGGCAACGCCGGAGCACCUGGGUGAGGUCGGGCCUUUCUUCACCCCACUGGAAUCCACCCCAGAUUACUCCAUGCGGCUUUCACCUGCUACCCCACGCUACAGUGGUCACCAUUCCCCAGCUCUGCUAGACCAGAGCGUCUCAGCUCAGCCUUUAAAGCCAGAUAGUAAUGCCAAUCCAAAAAUGCUUCCUGAUGGAGAUCACCAAGAGAUGCCUGGGGUCUACAGCCCAGGGAGCACCCCGAAUGCUCCCCUCAGCCCGCAGAUUAGCCUGAAACAAACAGAUCGAGAAAAAGAAGAUUGGGAAAUGGACAAAGCCGAGACACAGUUUGGUGUAGAGACAGAACCAGCGGCGUCAACUCCUCCUCCCCCACUAUCAAAUGGAAACCCCAGCCAGGCGGUGUUGGAGUUUGCCCAGUACUUGGACUCUCUUUUCAGAUUGGACGGCAGCAGCUCUCCGCCUCUGGACCUGUCUGACGGGGAAUCAGAGUCAGGCCGGGGCUCUUUCGGGCAGGGGGAGUGUCUGGGGGAUGGACAGCAGCUGGAUGACAAACAACUACUUGCCAGAGCAACACUGGAGCCUAACCUCGUCCCCAAGCCCCCACGCACUUUUGCUGGAUCUGCUGACCCUUCCUCGGGUAUCUCCUUGUCUCCCUCCUUCCCUCUCUCAUCGUCUGAGGAGCUCAACGACCUCUCGCCAGGCGAGGGUACCCUGCCAGCCAUACAUUCCCUACGAACAUCUACCCCUUGCCAUUGCCCUGAAGAAAACACACUAUCCUCGAUGGUGUAGUGUGCUCUCAGGACCCCAGUGUCCUUUGCUCUGGAUUGAGAGUUGCAGUCAUCCAAAUUUAAAAACAUAUCACAGUAUAUGCAUGCGGUGGAAUGCAGUCACUCAUCAGAGAUCCGAUGACAGAACUCAGCUGACCAACUCACAAACUAUUUCCCAUCUUCAGGUCUCUCUCCUUUGAACGCUGUUGAUAGCAUUUUCACACUAUUGCAAUGACUAAAAAAAAAGAAAAAGAUACCUCUCUCUGCAUGCCAGGGGGCUGUACUGCUUAUGGGUGAAUAUACAUAACUGUAGCUCCACGAUGCCAUUCCAAAACUAUGUCGUCUCACCGGUAUUGAGACACAUCAGCAGCAUUAUAUCAAUUCCCUGAUAUCACAAAAUCAAGGGGGAGAAUAGUUACAUGAGCAGGGAUUUAAAACACUCAUGAAGAGGUUAGCAUAGGCACAUCAUCUGGGUUGAUGUACUGUAAAACUUUCCGCACCCUUAGAAGCUCCAGCUUUUAUUUGAGUUCAUAUUUUUUCAAUCAGGAAUGUGAAGAUCGACAUACUCGUCGUCAAUCAUAAGAAUGAUAAGAUAAACUGAAAUGUUCCUCAGGUCUCUAAAGGAUUGACUUUGAGAGAGAGAGUAAGUGUGUUACAUUGGUGAGAGUUCAUGUGUCUUAAAAAAAUGUAGUGAUUGUGACAAAGUUAUUACAGACGCCUAUGGAUGUUUUUGAGUCUUUUGGUUACUCUUUAUAGUGCAUGAAGUUUUUUUUUCCCUUUAUUUUUAAAGAGAAGCCACUUAGAUUGACAUUUGGAUACUCUUGCACACAUCAUUUUGCUCAGUUAACCCCCCCCUUUGCCAAAAAAAAAUACAUUGUAUUGCCAAAUGUAUUUAUGAGAUGUAAUUUUGUAUAUGUAUAUGGAUAUUGCUUUAUAUAAAUACAAGCUACGUUCAUUAUUUCCUUCCCUAGCAAUCUGUUGGUUCCCACAUAGACUGUUACACAGCAGCACUACAGAAAAGAUGCCAUCCUGACCUUAAAACACUGCCAUGGCUUUCAUUAUCACACACACAACCUCUGGACCUUGGGUUUAAACCAAUAAUGCACUUGCUAAUAGUUGUUCUAGUCUCAUAACUACUGUAUUUUUCUCUUUAGGGAGCUCUUAGCAAUGUGCCCGGGUCAGGGUCUGCAUGCUUUAUGCAUUUCAGAGUAGCAUGACCAGUAUAGAUCAAGUUUUGCCAUGACAUCACAGUAAAUAAGCUCUUAACUCAUCCAGAAUUGGAAAUACGUGUGAACUUUUGAGAGGCUCGCUAAGGGCCCGUGUCUGCAGAUAGGACCAAUCAGCAUCCCGGUUUAUCAUUUCUCUUGUUCUCAAGGUGCUCUCAGUCAUCAUGGACGUCAAGAUGUUUGCUUCCCUUUAAUGUGGUUCAUCUCAGAUAUAUCACUGAGGUUGAACUGAAUGAAUAAAUGGACUGGAACAUCAUGUAUGCCAAUUCUUAAACCUAAUAUGUGGCAAAACAAUCUUCCAUAUCACUCUGGGUGUAACAGGUGGCUCACAAUUUGCAUUAUUUAUUACUGUCAAUGUUGUUAUCACUUUUAUUGCUAUAUUUGAUGGUAUAAUUAUCCUUAUGAUCUUGCAACAGAUUGGUUUGAUGUCAGUGGUUUUUUAUCUGAGUUUUAGGGACAGUGUGGAGAACUUUUUAGACUUUCCCAAAAUGUAAGGAGUUCUAUAUUUCAGCUUUUUUUUCUGUCUGAGUGGCACAAGUUAUUUGACAUUCUUCCAUGGCAUGGUGACAAUAUGUUCUUUUUACAAAUGUGUCAUAUUGGUGAGACAGGCUGCAGAGUGACAGACUGCUCACAGCAACCUUUGGUGCAAUGCCAUCAUCGAUCCUGGAGUCACCAUAGUGAUCUGCAUGGUCUCUGUAUUUGGAGUAAGUUUUGCUGUGGUUACUCACAGCAGACCAUUCCAGCCAGUUUACAGUCUGACACUACUCAACUCAUGCUGCCAGUCCGAGCAGACUCUCACUAAGGUUGGGCCAGCAAUUUUCUAUGUUUCCAGUAGCUUUGCUUGCAGCAGGUCAUCCACUAAAAACUGCAGAGUAAUACUUUCCACCAUACUGUGUACAGCACCAUCUUCUAUGUGUAAUUAUUUAUGCAGAUGUCAAAAAAGGUGAAUUCCAAUAGAGUCAUGUAGAGCUAUAUAAUAAUAAUAAGGAGAUAACGACUUUAAUAAAAGAUAUCAGUAUUGCCAUAUAGAGAAAAAAAUCCUGGAACUUAUUUAUUCAGACUAUUGGCAGAUUUAUAAAUUGGUCUAUAUUGACAGAGGAAUAAUUCAACGAUGUCUUGUCCAUGUUUACCUGGUUUGCUCCCCUUCCUCUCCUGCCCCAGAACGCGAAUGUAUUUAAUCCCUCUCCCACACUGCCCUGCCUGUAAUUAAAUAAACUGCAAACUUCAAAAGUAA